GAAAGCAGUAGCGUGCCCUGUUAUCACGGGAACGGCUCACUACUGUAGAGGCACUACGAUGCACAGGUAACCGACGAUUCGGCGUCACAAGUGCUUGAUAUUUGAUGUUUUGAUCUUAAACCUGAGGGGUGGGGGGCUAAACACUCAUAAGUGCCAGGUGCUUCGGCUCAGUCGCCUCUUUGCUGAGGAGGAUGCGGGUGUUCUGCGCUGCCCAGUCAUAUGCAGGGGAGCUGGUGGUCACCGCCGCACCAUCCUCACCCCAAUACUAGAUGGCUACCUCAUUUGGGGUGUACUCAGAAAACAGGUGUCAGGGAAGUGACGUCACGAACCCCGGAAGCCGGAGGUGGGUGCUUCAGAGAGCAAGAUGGCAGCGAAAUCCGAUGGUCGGGGGGUCGUCACCGGUUUCGCCCAGCUGCACAACCUGGACGAGACGGCGGGGAAUGGAGAGGAGGACCCGAGAGAGGGCAGCUCCUUCCACAUCUGCCACUGUUGCAACACCUCGUCAUGCUAUUGGGGCUGCCGGAGCGCCUGCUUGCGCUACCUCUUGGGGAAGGGGAGAGACGCCAGGCUGCCACCACAGGAAGAGCGCCUCUGGUUGGACUGCCUGUGGAUCGUCUUGGCGCUGUUGGUCUUCUUCUGGGACGUGGGCACUGACUUGUGGCUGGCAGUCGACUAUUACACCAAGCAGGACUACCUCUGGUUCGGGCUGACACUAUUGUUAGUGCUGGUCCCCUCGGUGCUGGUCCAGAUUCUGAGCUUCAGGUGGUUCGUGCAGGAUUACACCGGUGGAGGACUGAGCUCCGUGGAGGGGCUGAGUAGCCGAAGAGCCACGGCGAGUCUGAGCGCGGGGCUCAUUGGCAAGCGCAGGUGCUGCCACGUCUCCGUCUGGGUCUGGCAGACUUUCAUUCAUAUAAUUCAGAUGGGACAAGUCUGGAGGUACAUCCGCACCAUGUACUUGGGAAUCCAGAGCCGGCGGCAGAAGGAGAACCAGCGGCGCUUCUAUUGGGCCAUGAUGUAUGAGUACGCCGACGUCAACAUGCUCCGCCUACUGGAGGCCUUCCUGGAGAGUGCCCCGCAACUGGUGCUCCAGCUGUGCAUCAUGAUCCAGAGGAACCGGGCAGAGACGCUGCAGUGUGUCUCGGUAGUGACCUCCCUCCUCUCCCUCUCUUGGGUGCUGGCCUCCUACCACAAGCUCCUGCGCGACUCGCGCGACGACCAGAAGAGCAUGAGCUACCGUGGCGCUCUGGUACACCUGCUGUGGCGCAUCUUCACCAUCUCGUCGCGGGCGCUCUCCUUCGCCCUCUUCGCCUCCGUGUUCCACCUGUACUUCGGCAUCUUCGUGGUGCUGCACUGGAGCGCCAUGGCGUUCUGGGUGGUGCACGGCGGCACCGACUUCUGCAUGUCCAAAUGGGAGGAGGUGCUCUUCAACAUGGUGGUCGGCGUCGUGUACAUCUUCUGCUGGUUCAACGUCAAAGAGGGCAGGACCCGAUACCGAAUGGCGGCCUACUACGCCCUGGUGCUGGCAGAAAACACCCUCCUGGUGGCGCUCUGGUACGCCUACCGCGACCCGGCCACCACCGAUGAUUUCGCUGUUUCGGCGCUCUGCGGCGUCUUCCUGUGCUUCGCCUCCGGCAUGGCCUUCAUGGUCCUCUACUACGGGGUGCUUCACCCCAUGGGGCCUCGGCUGCGGCUGCUGGCCAGCUCCUGCUGCGCCGAGCUGCUCUGGGGCCUGCCGCUGCCACCAGAGGCCGAGCCCAUGGCCCCCACGCCGGGCCCCCGCGGCUCCCAGGCCACCCCGACCCGCGGCUUGGCCUCGUCCGGCGGGGGGGACUACUACGACGAUUCGGAGGAGGCCGCCACGGACACCUGCCUGCCCGUGUUCCAGGUGCGCUCCACGGAGCCCGUGGACGCGGCGGGACGGCCCCUACGGCCCGAGGGGCCCCUCAUCAAGAUUGACAUGCCGCGCAAGCGCUACCCGGCCUGGGACGCUCACUUUGUGGACCGGCGCCUGCGGAGGACAAUAAACAUCCUGCAGUACAUCAGUCCCAACGCCGUGGGGAUCAGGUACAGGGAUGGCCCGCUGCUCUACGAGCUCCUCCAGUACGAGUCCUCGCUCUGAAGGCAUUGCUCCUUCCCUCCCCCAACCACACCCCAUUCCGACAUUCUCUCACUUUCUCUUUCCCUCUCCUUCCCUCUUUCUCUCUCUCUCUCUCUCUCUCUUUCUGUUUCUUUGUUGUCUUUCACCAACCACCUCCCCUCUUUCCCUAUUUCUGAACUGGAUCUACUUUGUUCAUUUGGUGCUUUCCCUAUUUCUGGUUUAAUUUUCCUUGUUGUGGUGGUUGUUGUUGGGGUUUUUUCCAACAGCUGAAAGAGUGUACAUGAUUUCUAGAGUUAAUUUAAAAGACAGAAAAUUUAUUUUGAGAAAAAAAAAGGAAUGAGUAGAUAUUAACUCAGAAUUCCUUAGCUUGGGCU